AACUAAGUGAGCCUUUUACGUGACUUCCACCGCCGACUUGCAAGCCCAGGUGUAGCAAGCGCUGUAAGCCAGUUGCCCGGCGCACGCGCAUCGCACGGCUUUACCGUCGCGCUCUGCUAGACCAUCACACCUGAUUGACACAGAACAAAAUGACGUCAGAAGUAAACGAGUGGUAUAGAGGUCGAAAGAUCCUGGUGACGGGGUCAUCAGGCCUCAUGGGGAAAGUACUGAUAGAGAAACUUCUAUACAGUGUCCCCGAUAUAGGUUGUAUCUUCGCUUUGGUAAGGCCGAAGCGAGGGAAAUCACCUGAAUCGCGCAUUGAAGACAUGUGGAAAUUGCCUCUGUUUUCGAGAAUAAGGGAAGAAAAACCACACGCAAUGAAGAAAUUAAUACCAGUUACGGGAGAUUUGUUAAAUGAUAACCUUGGUAUUGAUAACGAGAGAUUGCAGCAAAUAUACGACGAGGUAUCAAUAGUGUUCCACUUCGCCGCAACCCUGCGUCUCGAAGCACCUCUCAAAGAGGGCUUGGAAAUGAACACGCGAGGGACCCAGCGCGUGUUAGACGUGGCCAAAAAGAUUAAGAACUUGGUCUCCUUCGUGCAUCUGUCUACUGCGUUCUGUUAUCCUGAUUACGAAAGAAUGGCUGAAAGGGUCCAUGACCCUCCAGCUGAUCCGCAUGCAGUAUUACAAGCGGCUAGCUGGCUGACCGACGAUCAGCUGAACUUACUGGCUCCCUCGCUGAUGCAGAAACACCCCAAUUCUUAUACUUACUCCAAACGGUUGGCAGAAGCCCUGGUGAGGGAGUCAUACCCUGACCUACCCGCAGUUGUUGUACGUCCGAGUAUAGUGACACCAUCUCAUCAGGAGCCCGUGCCAGGCUGGGUAGAUAACCUCAACGGUCCUAUUGGCCUCAUGAUAGGCGCCGGGAAAGGGGUCAUCCGUUCCAUGCAUUGCUAUGGGCAUUACCACGCGGAAGUCAUACCGGUUGACAUUGCUAUCAACGCCCUUGUCGUCAUCCCAUACUAUUUGAACACGAAGGUUGAAAGAUCAGAAGAAAUUCCUGUCUUCAAUUUAACGUCAGGCGACGAUAGAAACGAUACGUGGAAAGAAGUGUUAGAUGUCGGUAAAGCGACAGUUCGCAGGUAUCCCUUUGAAGGGCCGCUGUGGUACCCCAAUGGGAACAUACGGCAUAAUAAGUAUGUGCAUGAGUUGUGUGUGCUAUUCUACCAUAUAUUGCCGGCGUAUUUGAUCGAUUUCCUCAUGCUUCUAUUUGGACAGAAACGUUUCAUGGUGCGAAUUCAGAAUCGAAUUUCAGUCGGUUUAGAAGUACUGCAAUACUUUACGACCCGGGAAUGGUGGUUCGAUACAAAUAAUUUCAAGGAACUGCCGAAGAAAUUAAACUCAAUAGAUCUCAACACAUUUCCGAUGGACCUUACGAUUAUAAAAAUAGAACCUUAUAUUGAAAGCUGUAUGAUUGGAGGAAAGUUGUUUUGUCUCAGGGAAAAAUUGGAAAAUCUGCCGAAAGCCCGGUUGCAGAAUAAUAUAUUAUUUGUGUUGGACCUGAUUGUUUCGGCAUUUUUCUAUCUGCUUAUAUUGUAUUGGCUAGUUCUGUUAUUCGAACCACUCCGAGUAUUAUUGUCCUAUGGAGGUCCGUUUGUUAAAUAUCUGCCGUUAGUUGGUAAGGCAGUUUUUGGUCAGCAGUAAUUGGUACCAUACUAUGAUAAAAUGAAUUAUGCAUAUAGAUUUUCAUUGCGAAGAAAUCGCAAUUUUAUAACCAUACAUCCAUCUAUGUUUUAAGAAAAAGGCUUUAAUAAUCGACUUAUUGUUUUUAAUGUAAUUUUCGUUAUAUUGAAAUUAUUUUCGUGUUCUCUGGCUGUUCUAAAAAAACAGUUAAUUAAGAGAAAGAGAGACAGUUUUUACCUUUAAAUGUUGAUUAAUAGAAGGUAUAUAAUUAGAAGAAUUAUUAUUAUGUAUAAAGCUAUAAGUUUGGAAAUGUUUUAAAAAAUGUAUUUUAAAAAUUAAUUAUAAAGGUGGGCGGUUGUGUCAGAUCUCUUAUGAGAAUAUUUCAUAUUACGGUCUAAAUGGUGUCUAAGGAAGCUUUAAAUAAAUUAACAAAUAAGAUUAUUAAUUUAAGACUGUUUUUAUUAUAUGAUUAAUGUUCACUUUGCACUGUAUCGUAAUAGCAGCAAAGGUUAUCAUUUAAACUCUAUAUAGUUAUUUUAUACGCAUAGAUAUUGUAUACGCGAAGUAGAAUAAAUAUAAUAUAUAAAUGAUGAAUUUGUUU